UCUAGUUCUCUUAACGUGAGUAACGUGAGAUUAUUUGGUGACAUUUUCGAUUUUAUUUACGUUAAGUAUCAAGUACUUAUUUAUUAUUUUUUUGCACAAAACGUGUAUGAUUAUGAAUAAUGUAUUGCAAAAAAUAGGUUUUGUAAAUAUUUAAAUAAAAAUAGGUUUUGUAAAUAUUUAAAUAAGAUUUAAAUUGAUUGAUACAAGAAUUAGCAUUUUUUUCAAUUUACAACUUUGGCAAAUGUUUAAAAUGCGUGUUUGUAUAACAUUAACGAGAUCAUCUAUCAGUUUCAUGGCGACACACACAGCAGUAAAACGUUAUUCAAAAAUUGGAUUCGUCGGAUUGGGCAACAUGGGCGGUCAUAUGGCAAAAAAUCUGUUGAAAAAAAGUUAUAAGCUCACUGUUUAUGACGUGAACAAAUCGGCAGUGACGAAUUUAGUGGAAGCGGGUGCAAAUAGUGCGUCAAACGUGGCUGAAAUGUCAAAUGAAGUUGAAGUUAUCAUCUCGAUGUUGCCUUCAAAUCAACAUGUCCUCGACGUUUACACAGGCGAAAACAGUGCACUCAGUGCAGCAAAAAAGAACGUUUUAUUAAUUGAUAGCAGUACUGUGGAUCCAUCGGUGUCUCAAUCGAUCGCAUUGCAGGCUCAGAAACAUAAUCUGAGAUUUAUCGACGCUCCCGUGUCGGGAGGUGUAAAUGCAGCCAAGGACGGUACUUUGACUUUCAUGGUUGGCGGUUCAAGUGCAGAUUAUGAUCAUGCGAAAUCUAUACUCAAAGCUAUGGGAACUAGAAUCGUUUAUUGCGGCGAUGUGGGUAUGGGUCAAGCCGCUAAGUUAUGUAAUAACAUGCUAUUAGCUAUUAGUAUGAUUGGUACUGCAGAGGCAUUCAACCUUGGACAAAAGCUGGGCUUGGAUGCCAAAGUGCUAGCAAACAUCGUAAAUUCCAGCUCAGGGAAAUGCUGGUCUUCCGAUCUCUACAAUCCAGUCCCAGGAAUUCUACCUAAUGUUCCCAGUUCGAAGAAUUACGAGGGUGGUUUUGGCACAACAUUGAUGGCCAAAGAUUUGGGAUUAGCUCAAUCUGCUGCAAUCAGGAUACAAGCUCCGAUUCCUCUCGGUUCUCUGGCACACCAGAUUUAUAGAGCAAUUAUUGCUCACGGAUACUCGAAUAAAGAUUUUAGCGUGGUUUACCAAUUUCUUAAAGGUAAAAAUUGAGAAGAUCUGAAAAAUAUUAAAGUUACAUUUAUUAAAAAAUGCAAAUAUAGUUUGGGAAUGAAAUAAAUGAAACCCAUAAAUGAGACAAAUUUUAUAUUUGAUUAUAAAUUUAAAUAUGUAUAUUUUAUUUUAUUUUUUAUUAUAUAAUUAUAUUAAAAUUUUAUAUUUUCUUAAAAUAUAUGUGCAUAAAUAUUUUUUUCUUUUUAUUUACUUUAUUUUUCUUAAUUAAUUUUUUUAUUUGUGUAUGUGUGUGUGUGUGUGUGUGUGUGUGUGUGUAAUAACUAUUCAGCAUUACUUUACAUUUUUUCUACAACCUACAGAAAGCGCCAGUUGAACUAAAUAUUGAUUAAAGGAUUUUUACAAAAUGUUGAUAAAACAUCUAUUUUAUCAAGUUAUGACAAAAUGUAUUUUUAAAGAAAUAUUUAUCUGAAUUUGUUUUUUAGUGAAAUAUUGAAAAUUAUAUACAAAAUCUUGGAAAAAUAAAAUAAAUUUU